CCUGUACACAGUACGGGCAGACAUCAUCCGUUAGCGUUACCCAAACGAGGUAGUGGUAACUGAACAUCAUCUUCACAUCACCUCAGUCGGUUGUUGGCGCGUCAGUCAUCCCUACCUUACCCAGCUUCAGCCUUAAACGACGUUAGUGCGCCGCCAUCGCCACAGAGGGAAAAACCGACGUGCUUUCCAACUGCAACCUCCGACUGUCAAGUUUAUUCCUCUUUGGACACCGUGACCUCAUCACAAAAGCGGUCGGCACCAGCACGCGGUCUGAUCAUGGAUCGCAACCAUCAACUCGGCGGGCUUGGGCCCCGCCACGACCCGGCAUCGAGGGUCCAGAAGCCCGAGUCGGCUGCCGAUCGAAUGGCCGCCCUCAAAGCCCGUGUCGCCGCCGCUGUUGGCAGCGCAAAGGCCAAAGGCGGGCUCAACACGCCUCUCCAUCCCGUUCUCGCCGACCUCAACGCUCCGCUCAAGCCGGGCGACUCUGUCAGGGCAUCCGUAGGCCAGCGCUCCAUACAAGAUGCUGCAAAGGCCGCAAAAGGAAGGCCGUUGGCGCUCUCGACGACGACGACGCAGGAUGGCCCUCGGACAAACCCCUAUCUGGACACGAGCAGCGCGCCUGCGGGCAGGGCAAGAGAGCCAAAGCAGCUGAUCUUCAACCAGAAGGGCAAGUAUAUCCAGCAGGCCAACGCGCUACGGAGACAGGCCGCGCUCGAGGAGAUGAAGAGGAAGAUUGCCGAGCAAGCUCGCAAGGCAGGGUUGGAGGAAGACCGGGAUAUCCAGAAGGCGUUUGUGUUCGAGGCGCCUCCGGACUUGGAAUGGUGGGAUGAAGGGCUCAUUGAUGGGAAGGAUUACAGCAACAUUCCACAUUCCAUAAAGUUGACGACGCCAGAUAGCAUCGUUACGCUCUACAUCCAACACCCCGUCGCCAUCGAACCGCCGCAGGAUAAGCUGGCCCCAGAGCCCAAGCCCAUGUACCUGACGCCCAAGGAGCAGCAAAAGCUCCGGAGGCAGCGGCGCAUGAUGGAGCUCAAGGAGAAACAAGCCAAGAUCAGGCUAGGUCUCGAGCCAGCACCGCCGCCCAAGGUCAAGAAAUCCAACCUGAUGCGCGUCCUCGGCGAGGAGGCGGUCAAAGAUCCGACGGCCGUCGAAGCGCGCGUCAACCGCGAGAUUGCAGCACGCUUCGAGAAGCACAUGCAGGAGAACGAGGAGCGCAAGCUGACCAAGGAGCAACGGCACGAAAAGCUUGUUGCGAACCAGGCCAAGGAUGCGUCCAAGGGCAUCCAUGUGCUGGUGUUCAAGAUCGGCAGCCUCGCCAACGGCCAGCACCGCUACAAGAUCAACAUCAACGCGACACAGUGGGGCCUCACCGGCGUCUGCAUCAUGCACCCCAGGUUCAACGUCGUGGUCGUAGAGGGCGGCGAGCACAGUAUCAAGAAUUACAAGAAGCUCAUGCUCCACCGCAUCGACUGGACCGAGUCUCUUCCCUCGCGGGAGAGGGAUGGUCUUUCUGCAGGAGGAGGCCAUGGCGCCGCGAUGAGGGAGUGGCUAAAGGCCGAGGAUGAGAAGGGCCAGUUGAAGGACUUAUCGGCGAACAAGUGCGCGCUGGUCUUUGAGGGCGAGGCCAAGGUGCCGAUGUUUAAGAAAUGGGGGAGCAAGGUCUGCGAGACCGACCAAGAAGCGAGGGAGUUCCUUGCACAGAGGAAGAUGGAGAAUUUCUGGACUCAAGCCAAGAAUACUCCCCUAUGAGGGCGGGGCGGAAUUGAGAGGUCCGACGGAGGUUUGCUAUGAUUCCUGUGGCACGACGGUGUAUUAUCUAUGGACUGGCGGACAUGCUACACGGUGGCUUGGAAUGCAACUACUUUCCCUGU